UCCUGGGCAGGCAGCGCCGGAGUACCUGGGUCUCCAAGAGGCUGCCCGCCUGCCUCCCUCCCGCCUCCCUCCCGCUGCUCCUUCCCCCCGCUCUUCCCCGUCUCCUCCCCCCUGACUGAUUUUCCAAUGCCCUGACAUGAGGGAGGAAGAUUUAACUUGGCAGCCCAAACAAAUGUUCUCUCAGAGGUCCUCCAAGAAGCUGGCGGCUGGGCUGGCAGAGUGAGGGCACUGCUCGGCCAGCCUUUUCUUCCUCUCAGCUCUGCCAUGGCCAUUUGUGAGCCCCCUGGGUGGACAGCCCAGGGCAUGGGAGAGCAGGGCCCAACCUCACAGAUUUAAGAGGGCAGGGGGAAGCUGCCUCUGAAAGCCCCUGGCUUGGCGCUUGGCAGGAGCUGCCUGGAGCUGCUUCCUGGUGCCAAGGGUUUUCUGGAGGAUUUUCUUGAGCAACAGUUUGUCUCCCUGGUGCAACUCGGGCAACAGAGCCUGGUAGACCAGAGGGAUAACCGGUGCUGUCUCCUCCUCUCUUGUGGGUAUGAGGACAGGCUGGUUACACAGGGCAGGGCAGGAGGCCAGAGGCUGUUCCCAGAGGUACCUGGGUUUGCUUAUUAUUGUUUCUUGAAGGUAGAGAUAAAGAGGCAGGCACUGUAGCUGGAGAAUGGGCAGCUUGGUGGGUGUUGGUGGGUGAUGAAUUCUGACUGGUCUUCGCUGGCAUUUGUGUUAUGGUCCUGGGAGUUUGAAAGUUGCUUUUAGGCUCUCCGGGAAGUUUAAAAGGGGAGCAAGCCCUUAAUUUUCUCUCUCCUUGCUGCUUUUCGAGGGGAUCCAGAGUAGGGGGGAAUUCCUGGCUUCCCACUUGCCUGCUGCCUGGCCCUCGUGCUGCGGUUGGUGAAUGCCCCAAGCCUUGUGCUGACCUCUGUCUUCAGGUUGAAGAUGUUGAAGCACCAGCAUCAAACAAAAGACACAUUGAAAGCCGAAUCUGCCACAGAGCACGUGUGACUUUGAGGCCAAGGGAAUGCGUUUGGAGGGAGAUGGUGUUUUCUUCUGAGUUUUAUGUUUUCGGUUGGAUUUUGUUUUUCCCAAAAGGCCAGAAGCAUCUCCUUGUCCCAAGUCAUGAGGUUAUGCAAUGCUGUUUUCACACAUAAAUCUCAAAACUUUAGACUUCUGAGUUGGUGGCAGUGACGGGGUGGGGGAAGGAGUGGUAGGGAGUUUUCAAGAGUUUUAAAUGGUUUUUGGAUUGGUGUUUUGAGGCAUUCAGGGUAUGGCUCACGAAGAAGAGUUGUGAAUAAGAAAUUGCUGCACUUAUGGGGAAGCUUUGAUAACUAGUCCUGUCUAUGCAAAAAAGGAUUGCUGGCUUCUUUAGGGGACAAAAUGUCCUGUUUCCCUCCUAAGGAAGGAGAGAGGAGGAGCCUCAUUCCUUUCUCAGCCAGGAGCAAAGAAAGGUCCAGAGACUGUGGGGUUUAUCUCUCUCUCUCCCUCCCUUCCCCCCACUUCCCCUAACAACUGUAACACAACAUUAUCUCCAUCCCUGGUCCCCAGGGAUGUGCCCCAACCUAGGACAAGUGUCCACCAUCAAUGGAAAAUUGCAGAGGGAAGGACCCAGCCAAGAGCUACAAACUUCACUUUUUUCCUGAUUGACAGAGAUGGGGUGGAUAAGGCAGGAAGACUCUUGGAGGCUUGCUGUGUCCCAAGGGUUUUGUCACAAGAGUACCUUUGUGUGAAGCCAUGGAUACCGAGGUCUCUGGCCUUGGUCAGCAUCCAGCAGACAGCCGUGACCCUAGUCUAAUGGUGAGGUGUUGCUGUAAGAAGUUCAGGCACCAACAAAAUAAUUUCUGGAAGCUUCUCUGGGCAUUCUAUCAUGGAACCAGGAAGCAGGGUCUGCCAGAUCCCGACUGAGUCCCAUACAUUUCAUUCAUAACUUUGUUCCCGAGGGCCCUUGCCUAGCUCCUAUCAACGCCUCAUCUUUAUGAGGUUCCUUAGUUUUUGUGUGGACAACAAAGGCCAGGCUGUUGUAAUUACCCUGAACCCUGCUGCAGCCUUGCCUGGUGACUGCUCUGACCUCUCAGCAGGACAUGGUGGCCUCCGUCUACGCCCUCCGAGCAGGGAGGGCCUUUUGUCCCUAGAGCUGUACCCUGAGGAUAAGGGAAGCAGAGCCUGCGUAGGCUCAGGAUCUAGGGGUGAUCCUGAAGUUGGACCCUUCCCUGAGGGAAGAUGAGGGGAGGCUGAGAAAACCAGUCCCAAGCACAGACUCUGAGGAAAGAGUUCAGAAACCCAUCACAAUUAGGUGAGUACUUCCUAUUACUUGAGGAGCUAGAGGAGAGGUGUCUGAAGGCUGUAGCUGGUUAGCUGCUUUGGGACCAAAGCUUUGCUCAGCUUGGCCUCAGUCUCCACAUCUGUAAAAUGGGCCCAAGGGCAGAACACCCCCCACCCCCACCCCCACUUAGUUGCUGUGAGGGUGAAGCAGAUAUGGAUAUAAGAUCCCUGGGCAUGUGUCCCCUGAAGGCCUAGCAGGUACAGAAUGGAUAGAGCACAAAAGGAUUGGAUUAGAAGUGCUGGAAGCAUUUUCCAGAAGCUGCUCUCCCAUCCAAGCCUACCUCUUUGGCAGCUUACUGUCCAGCCUUGGCCUGCAUGCUCCCCAUGCCAGAGCAUUCACCAUCUCUGGGCAGCUUCUGCCUCAGUGGACAGCUCUAACUGUUGGUGUGCUCUGCCACAGGCUUUCUGGAAACCAGCCCCUCCCGACCCUCACUCUGGGCUUGAGGUGCAGGGGGUCUGCUAGACCACAGACUCAUACUUUCCCUAAUGAUCCCAAGUUCAGUACCAGUGCCCAGGUGGGCUGCACUCCCGUGGGGUGGGAGGACACCCUUCAAAGGGCUGCUUCUAGCCUUUACUGGGAGUGACCUGCGCAGAGCGCGGGAGGCUCUGCCCCCGGGCUCACCAUCACCUGUCUUUGUGGACCAGGUUUGCCUCCUGGCAUGUUCCUUGGAUGGGGUGUGAGGAGAAGGAAGGAAAUACAUGGCAGGGAGUGGGGUCGGGUCAGGGGUCCGGCGCUGAUGCCACAGAUACUUCCUGAGAGUCCACAGUGUGAGGACCGUGGCCUGUGAGAGACCCUGCAAUGUGUAAGACAGUUCCUGUUCCUUAGGAGCUCACAGUCCAGCAAGGGCAGGAAGAUCAGUCCAAAUAAAUAAUUAACCACCACCAGCUGGCUGCCUGCCAUGGGGCUCAUGAUGACAGUAAUAACCACAGCCCCUCGCCUUUGUAUGGCACUUGGUGGAUUUAGAGGCACUCUUCAACUUUGCUCAACUCCAGUAACAGCAGCGGAAGCCACUGCUAUUUGGAAUCAGCCCCCUUUAGUACAGAAGAAACCCGAGGUUCAGGGUGAGAUGACCUGUGACUGAGCCAGGACCAAAUCCCAGGCCUUAUAGAUGCCAGCUGCUGCCUUCCCAGCCCACCAGCCAGGCAGGUACAAGGAUGCAAAAAUCUGUGUGAACCCCAAGAAUGGUGACAAGAUUGAGGCUAAGGAGGGGAAGCUGUGCCCAGGAAGGGUCAUGGGGCGGGAAAGCUUGCCUGCCCCCCAGUUUGGCAGCACAAGGCCCAUGCCCCGAGCAAUGGCACUGCUUUCUUGUGGCACAGUGUCUUACAGCCAGAUCUUGCUCUGAGUCCCAGAUCCUGUCAUGACUGUCCAGGGCACACGUGUCUGUACAUGGGCCUUCACCCCCAUCCCUGGCCCUGGAGCAGGAGACAGAGAUGUUUCUAAGCCCCAGGUCCCUGUGCAGACCAAGGCUCUUCCCUGGGCUGUGAUGGUUUCUAUAGAUACAGACGUUGACUCAGCCUGCCCCUCCCCUGGCUGAGUCAGUCCCUAGGCCCUGUGGGGUAGCCGCCCUGUAGGGGCCCUUGGUUUCUUUUUGCCUCUUGACAGUGCCUGCCUGCUGGCCAUGCCCCUGCACCGGCUUUUCUGGAGCUCAUCGGAGUGCUACCCCAGAAGAAGGCUGCAGGUGGUGGGAUCCACAGCAGGGAGCAGUGGGGCAAGCUGAGUGGCAGCUCCCUGGGAGGCCUGGCCCAACCUGGCACACCUGCACAGGACCUGCACCUGCAACAGCUGUGCUCAGCCAAGUCAGACUGCUGGGACCGGCGCCUCCUUCCCACCGCGACCUCCGUUUCCCUGACGUUCUUAGCAGCCUCCAGUCCUGGUGGUCAGCAGAGGCCUUAGCAGGACGAGGAGGAGGAGGCCUGUUGGCACCAGACCAAUGCUGCGAGGUGUGUGAGGAUUAGAACCGCUCCAUCCCUCAGCUGCCAGACCUGGAAAGCAGGAUGGAGCUGGAGUGAGGCGGAGGGGCUGCCAGCUGCUGACCGGCACGUGAGACGCUGGUGAUUCGUGGGUCACUGAGGCUGGACAACGUUCAUGGCUCUCGGGUAGAACCCAGCGAAACGGCCAGAAUGAAUUCUAUGGACAGGCACAUCCAACAGACCAAUGACCGACUGCAGUGCAUCAAGCAGCACUUACAGAACCCUGCCAACUUCCACAAUGCCGCCACGGAGCUGCUGGACUGGUGUGGAGACCCGCGAGCCUUCCAGCGGCCCUUUGAGCAGAGCCUGAUGGGCUGUUUGACGGUGGUUAGUCGGGUGGCAGCUCAGCAAGGGUUCGACCUGGACCUCGGCUACAGACUGCUGGCUGUGUGUGCCGCGAACCGAGACAAGUUCACUCCGAAGUCUGCCGCCCUGCUGUCCUCCUGGUGCGAGGAGCUUGGCCGCCUGCUGCUGCUCCGACAUCAGAAGAGCCGCCAGAGCGACCCCCCUGGGAAACUCCCCAUGCAGCCCCCCCUCAACUCCAUGAGCUCCAUGAAACCCACUCUGUCGCACAGUGAUGGGUCAUUCCCCUACGACUCUGUCCCUUGGCAGCAGAACACCAACCAGCCUCCCGGCUCCCUCUCCGUGGUCACCACGGUGUGGGGAGUGACCAACACAUCCCAGAGCCAGGUCCUCGGGAACCCUAUGGCCAAUGCCAACAACCCCAUGAAUCCAGGCGGCAACCCCAUGGCGUCGGGCAUGACCACCAGCAACCCCGGCCUCAACUCUCCACAAUUUGCCGGGCAGCAGCAGCAGUUCUCCGCUAAGGCUGGCCCCGCUCAGCCCUACAUCCAGCAGAGCAUGUAUGGCCGUCCCAACUACCCUGGCAGCGGGGGCUUCGGGGCCAGUUACCCUGGGGGCCCUAGUGCCCCUGCAGGCAUGGGCAUCCCUCCGCACACCAGGCCGCCUGCUGACUUCACUCAGCCAGCAGCUGCCGCAGCAGCAGCUGCAGUGGCAGCGGCAGCAGCCACAGCCACGGCCACAGCUACGGCCACUGUGGCAGCCUUGCAGGAAACACAGAACAAGGAUAUAAACCAGUAUGGACCGAUGGGUCCCACCCAGGCGUAUAACAGCCAAUUCAUGAACCAGCCCGGGCCUCGGGGGCCUGCCUCCAUGGGGGGCAGCAUGAACCCCGCAAGCAUGGCGGCUGGCAUGACACCCUCGGGGAUGAGCGGCCCUCCCAUGGGCAUGAAUCAACCCCGGCCACCCGGCAUCAGCCCCUUUGGCACACACGGGCAGCGGAUGCCCCAGCAGACCUACCCGGGCCCCCGGCCCCAGUCCCUUCCCAUUCAGAGCAUAAAGAGGCCAUACCCGGGAGAGCCCAAUUAUGGAAACCAGCAAUACGGACCAAACAGCCAGUUCCCCACCCAGCCAGGCCAGUACCACCCCCAACCCCCGCGGCCGCUCACCUCUCCCAACUACCCUGGGCAGAGGAUGCCCAGCCAGCCGAGCACCGGGCAGUACCCGCCCCCCACAGUCAACAUGGGGCAGUAUUACAAGCCAGAGCAGUUUAAUGGACAAAAUAACACCUUCUCUGGAAGCAGCUACAGCAACUACAGCCAAGGGAAUGUCAAUAGGCCUCCCAGGCCGGUUCCCGUGGCAAAUUACCCCCACUCACCUGUUCCAGGGAACCCUACGCCCCCCAUGACCCCUGGGAGUAGCAUCCCCCCAUACCUGUCCCCCAGCCAAGAUGUUAAACCACCCUUCCCACCGGACAUCAAGCCAAAUAUGAGCGCUCUACCACCACCCCCAGCCAACCACAAUGACGAGCUGCGGCUCACAUUCCCCGUGCGCGAUGGUGUGGUGCUGGAGCCCUUCCGCCUGGAGCACAACCUGGCCGUCAGCAACCACGUCUUUCACCUGCGGCCCACGGUCCACCAGACGCUGAUGUGGAGGUCUGACCUGGAGCUGCAAUUCAAGUGCUACCACCACGAGGACCGGCAGAUGAACACCAACUGGCCGGCCUCAGUGCAGGUCAGCGUCAAUGCCACGCCCCUCACCAUCGAGCGCGGCGACAACAAGACGUCCCACAAGCCCCUGCACCUCAAGCAUGUGUGCCAGCCUGGCCGCAACACCAUCCAGAUCACUGUCACAGCCUGCUGCUGCUCCCACCUCUUCGUGCUGCAGCUGGUCCACCGGCCCUCUGUGCGCUCCGUGCUGCAAGGCCUCCUCAAGAAGCGGCUCCUGCCUGCAGAACACUGUAUCACGAAAAUCAAGCGGAAUUUCAGCAGCGUGGCCGCCUCAUCAGGCAACACGACCCUCAAUGGGGAGGAUGGCGUAGAGCAGACCGCCAUCAAGGUGUCUCUGAAGUGCCCCAUCACAUUCCGGCGCAUUCAGCUGCCUGCUCGAGGCCAUGAUUGCAAGCACGUCCAGUGCUUUGACUUGGAGUCGUACCUGCAGCUGAAUUGUGAGAGAGGGACCUGGAGGUGUCCUGUGUGCAAUAAAACCGCUCUGCUCGAGGGCCUGGAGGUGGAUCAGUACAUGUGGGGCAUCCUGAACGCCAUCCAACACUCCGAGUUUGAAGAGGUCACCAUCGACCCCACGUGCAGCUGGCGACCAGUGCCCAUCAAGUCGGACCUACACAUUAAGGAUGACCCUGACGGCAUCCCUUCCAAGCGGUUCAAGACCAUGAGUCCCAGCCAGAUGAUUAUGCCCAAUGUCAUGGAGAUGAUUGCAGCCCUGGGCCCUGGCCCAUCCCCCUAUCCGCUCCCGCCUCCACCCGGGGGCACCAACUCCAACGACUACAGCAGCCAAGGCAACAACUACCAGGGCCAUGGCAACUUUGACUUCCCCCACGGGAACCCCGGCGGGACGUCCAUGAACGACUUCAUGCACGGGCCCCCCCAGCUCUCCCAUCCCCCGGAUAUGCCCAACAACAUGGCCGCCCUCGAGAAGCCCCUCAGUCACCCCAUGCAGGAGACUAUGCCACACGCUGGCAGUUCUGACCAGCCCCAUCCCUCCAUACAACAAGGUUUGCACGUCCCACACCCCAGCAGCCAGUCAGGGCCUCCAUUACAUCACAGUGGGGCUCCUCCUCCUCCUUCCCAGCCUCCCCGGCAACCGCCACAGGCCGCUCCCAGCAACCAUCCACACAGCGACCUGACCUUUAACCCCUCCUCAGCCUUAGAGGGUCAGGCCGGAGCGCAGGGAGCGUCCGACAUGCCGGAGCCUUCGCUGGAUCUCCUUCCAGAACUCACAAACCCGGACGAGCUCCUCUCGUACCUGGACCCCCCCGACCUGCCGAGCAAUAGUAACGAUGACCUCCUGUCUCUCUUUGAGAACAACUGAAGCCCACCCCUCCGACGGGGCCACCCCUCCCCACACGACCUCCUUUCCCGUCUGCCCCACAUACACCUUCCCGCUGGGAGCCCGUGCCCUCGGACCGCCGCCUUCUCAGUGUGGAGGGGCGGGAGGGUGCACUGUGAAGGCGCCGUGGGUCUGGAGCCCACGGCCAGAGCAGGCCCCGAAGAUGACCCUCGAGAUGAAGAUGACCCUCGAGACGGGGCGCCGGCCCAGGGCGGGGGCACAUGCUGACGGCGGCUUCCGAACGACCCUCCAGUGCCCCCAGGUUCUUCCAGUUUCUAAACUGUAACCCGGCCUCCCCGCUCCCUGGCCCAGAGCCGCCUCCAAGUGACUGUGAACCUGAGGGAAGGCCACCCAGACUCCAGCAGCCCCAAGCCUUGGAGGAGCAGCGGCAGUUGGUGGCAGUGAGAACGGCCUGCCUACCACCACCACCACCCACCACGGAAAAGCACAAACCUCUGGGAAAGAGAACUCUCAGGGGCCAAGGUUGUCACUUUGAUCUCUGACCUCGAAGCCAGGAUUCCCUAUAAACACUCUCAGAAAGUGGAAAAGAGGACGAGAUUCUGUGUUUGAGAGAGGGUGAGCCGUUUCUGCUUGGGGACCGGUGGGAAAGGGAGUCAAGGCCUCCUCGGGGCCAGGAUGGCUCAGCAACCUUUGGACUCAGGCCAGGGCCCGGCUAUAGGAGAGCAGAGAGAGAGAACCCAGCCAAAAUAAUCGUGCCCUUAGUUGGGGGGUGGGGUACUGCCGGCUAGAGUUGGAGUCCAAUAGAAACGGCAACUUAGAACUUUGCUCCAAGCCACUCCGUUUUCAAACGAAGCAGCUUAAAGCUAUGAAGUCAUCUGGAGAAAAGGAACAUUGGACUUGGACAGCAAGCGAACCAUUUCUCUCCAUACGUUCUGUUUCCUUCCUCCUGCUCCCCCCUCCCCACCUCCCCAAGACUGUUUCAGGGGACACCACUUCCCGCUGUCCUCGUACCCCUUUGGCCAUCCGGACGGCAAGGUCAAUGGUGGAAAGGCAGGAGAUGCGCAAGCUCAGCGCAGGAACCCCAGGCAUCCCUCUCUCUCCGGUCCUCUGUCUGGUCUGGCCUGUCCCUGUGCUUCUCUGCCCCAAGGCUUCAACCCACUAUGUUGCCCUGUGUGCCCUCGAGCAUCCCGUGGUGUUUCUGUGGCUGUCUCAGAUGCCACACUUGGCUGCCAGCCUCUCCUUCCCUCUGUGUCCCUCUACCCCCACACUCCUGCUCACUCCAGCAGAAGCAGCCUCCCUCCACCACUUUGCUCCAUCCCGCUUACUGCUCCAAGUCUUGAGCAGUAGCUUUUUGUGCAUUGGUUCCAGGCUCCCCUGAGCCGUGUGGCCCCUGAUGCUGCCGGGCCAUUGGGUCGCUUGGGUUCCCUCUGUAAAUGUGUCGCGCCCCUGCCUUCUGCUGCUGGGGCCCUCGCCUGCUCCCCCGUCCACUGUCUGUAAUCUCAGUCUCCCUCUCCCUCUCUGUUUGGGGGGAUCCUCAGCACUCCUCUAGAUGUGACCGGAACGUUGGCCCCAGCUGUUGACUUCCAGUCACUGUGCCAGACGGGCCCCGGCACAAGGUUUUCUGUAGGAAAGCUGCCAUCGUCCUGUCCCUGCCCCUUUUCCUUUGUCCUGUUGUCGAGGUUUUUUCAAACAGCCUGGUGUUCCGUAUGCAAAUCAAUUAUUUUAAGAAUUGCUUUUGUAAAUAUCUUUGUGAAUAUUUUAGUAUUGUCUUUGAUAAUAUUCAACAUUUUCAUGACCUGGUUAUAGCCUUUGCUGGUGUUUUUAAAAUACCUUGACUCAACCACAAAAGACCGAGUCCCUUUUUUAAAAAAAAAAAACAACAAACAAAAACAAAAAAGCAACCAGGGCCAUUUGUACAGAUGAAGGGACGAAGAACAUGGGUGGCUGUACCAUGAGUUAGAAGACCAGGCCACCCACUGUUUCGAGCCAUCCCCAGUUGGCUGGUGGGAACAAAGACGACACCAGGUAGCAUGCGGCCAUCUUUGCCCAGUGGCCGAUAGCCCAGGCUGUGUCAGGCCAUCUGGGAAUGUUCCACCCCAGACAGACUUACAGACACCUUCCUUAGAAGGUCCCGCUUCCUGCCAUGCAACGUUUUCUCAGAAAGGCCCAGGGUCCAUUCUGGUUCUUAUCAGGAUGCCCCACUCUGCUCAUGGACUUGUCCACAGCUUGCAAUCGCCAAGGGCCGAUACGCUCCCACAGCCCAGGCUCCAGGCACCUCCCUCAGCCAUCUCGGAGGAAGCCAUGGGCUCGGCACCUGAGGCAGGUUUCCUGGGUCCCCUCCCAAGUGAGCCUCCACCAGCAAGUUCAGCAAAGAGCUUUCCAGAACUGGGGUGCCUGAAGCCCGUGCUCUGGGGACAGUACUCUUCCAGGUGAUUCUGGAGCCAGGCCAAGGGGGGCGGGGCAGGGAGGGAGGCAUCAAGGCGCCUGGGGUUGGAGCAAGCCCCAGCUGGUGACAUUCAGGUGACCACAGCCUCCCCAAGCAGGGGCGGUUCUGAACUCCGGGGAGAUGCUUCCCUAAUCCUCUCGGAUGACUACUUGGAGCCAUAAGUAACCUCAGCAAAAAAAAAAACGAUGCCUCAGCAAGCCACUUCUCCACGACAAGCAUCCACCCAGGCCUCAGGCAUGUUUCUGCCUCCACUCCACGGGAUGGACAGGGCGCCGGCGGGCAAGCGGAACGGCCCAAGUACAAGCGAUCGCCCCAUCUCCUUGGUUUGAAGCUUUACCCAUGUAUCAUGUUCCUGUAGCCAUUUUUAUUUUUUAAGAAACUUCUGAUACUUUCUCCCUAACGGAGGCCCUGAACCCCCAGAGAGCUACAUGUCUGCUCCCUCGGCCUGACCCAUCCAGAUAGGGCGACGUCGGCAGCAGCGACUCAAGGGACGUGUGUACAUAUGUAAAUGAGAAAUAGAGACAUGUUAACAGAUGCAUUCAUUUCCCUUGGAAUGUGUAUUGUUUUUAUUUUACGGAACAAAACAAAACAAACAAACAAAAAAAGGCUUGGAACUCCAUCUUGACGUGGAAAAACUAGAUGCUGUCUGUUAGCGUAUGUGAGGUCUCCCUCCGCAUCUGUCUCACUCAUGUAAUAUACUCUGACUCUGUGUGGAAAGGAAUUUUUGUUCCGUUUUGUUUUUUAUUUUAUCUACAUGUACUAUUUAGCUUCAGUGUACUAGUCCUGCCACCUGUGUAUUUUUAGGGUGCUAUGGAAAUAAUGAAAAGAAACGGGGAUUUCAGAAGAAAAUUGUAACCAAAUUCAUACUUUGUAUAAUUUUUGAUAUCAUGAUCGCAGGUGAUCCACACGUACACACACGAACACGCCCACCGUGCAGCCUGAAGUUACUCCCACGGCGACCGUCAUCGUCUUUGUACAUCUCUGUACAAUGCAAUCAUUUCAUACUUUAAACUGGUCAGAAAACUAAUUGUGAUUUCUAGUCUUGCAAAGCUGUAUGUAGUUAGAUGAUGUGACAACCUCUAAUAUUUAUCUAAUAAAUAUGUAUUCAGAUGAAACCUGUA